AUGAAGUCCCUCAUCUUCCUGUUGGCUCUCGCCCUUGUGGGGAGUGAUCAUGUCAGUAAAUAUGAUCCCAGCUUCUCCGAAAACAGCCUUCACAUCUACAGGUAUGAAGGUGUGAUUCUGUCUGGACUGCCCGAGAGAGGAUUGAACCAAGCUGGAGUUAGGCUGAUCUGCAAAGUGAAAAUCAGGGGCGUUGGACAAAGACAAUACCUGCUGCAGAUUGAAGAACCCCGCAUCCAAGAACUCAAUGGAAUUUGGCCAAAGGACCCGUUCACUUCCGCGAAGAAGCUGACGGAACGAUUGGCUCCACUCUUGACCAAAGCCGUGAAGUUCGAGUACAUCAAUGGACGUGUGGGGACCAUCUUUGUCCCGGCCAACCUGCCUGAAGACAUCCUCAACAUCCACAGAGGGAUCCUCAACAUCUUCCAGAUCACCAUCAAGAAGGCUCAGUCUGCCUACGACCUGCAAGAGGCUGGGAUUGAAGGAAUCUGCCAUGCGAGAUACCUGGUCCAAGAAGACAAGAGGAAGGAACGUGUAACCAUUAUUAAGUCCAAGGACCUGAACAAUUGCCAGGAGAAGGUGGUGAAGCACACUGGCAUGGCCUACACACAACUCUGCCCCAGCUGCCAACUGAGAGGCAGGAAUAUCCGAGCCUCUGUGACCUUCACCCAUGUCCUGAAGCCCACUGCUGCCGGGGCCAUCCUGCAGGAAGCCAAGGUCCGGGAGGUGCAUCAGUUCACUCCCUUCCAUGAACUGGACGGUACAAUGCGCGUUGAGGCCAGACAGAGCCUGAUCUUGGAGCAGAUCACCACAGCAACCAUGAGUGAAGUGCCCGACUUCCAGAUCCAACGCACCCUUCAGUUCCGCAGUGACAGCAACGUUCUCCAACAGCCCUUCACUCUCAUCCGUGACCAGAACAUCAUCCUUAAGGUGAAGGACACACUGAACCACAUUGCCCAACACAAUGUACAGACUAUCCACAGUGAUGCACCCUCUCGAUUCCUGGAGCUCAUUCAGCUCCUGCGAUCCGCGGAUCAUUCCAGCCUGGCUGAGAUUUGGAGACUGGUGAAGAGCCAGCCUGAGUUAAGGCGUUGGUUCAUUGAAGCACUUCCUGCCGUCGGGACGAUCGACUCCCUGAGAUGCCUCAAGGGCCGCAUCCAAGAAUCGGAGAUCAGUCGCAUGGAGAUCCUGCAGACUUUACUGCUGGCAAUGCACCAAGUCAAGACCGAUCGUCCAGUUAUGAACUUAGCCAUCGAGAUCAUCAACCUCAGUGUGAUCAAAGAAAUCCCGUUCCUGCGCAAGGCCACGCUCCUGGCGUACGGUUCCAUGGUCUUCCGAUUCUGUGCCGACAAGUCUACAUGCUCCGAUGAUGUGUUGAAGCCACUUCACAACCUGCUGGCUGAAGCCACCAGCCAACGCAACGAUGAGAACAUCGUGCUGGGCCUGAAAGCCAUCGGCAAUGCGGGGCAGCCCGGCAGCAUCAAGAGUAUCGUCAAACUGUUGCCAUCCUUCGGAACCGUCUCCACCAACCUCCCACUCAAGAUCCGUGUGGACGCCAUCAUGGCUCUGCGCAACAUCGUACACAAGGACCCCAAAACGGUACAACGCAUUGCUGUGCAAAUCUUCCUGAAUCGCAAGAACCACCCAGAGGAGCGGAUGAUGGCGUGUGCCGUGCUCUUCCUCACCAAGCCUCCACUCACCCUGGUCUCCAUGGUGGCCAACUCACUGCUGACUGAGACCAGCCUACAAGUGGCCAGCUUCACCCAUUCACACAUCAGAGCGCUGUCCAGGAGCUGCCUGCCCGGCAUCCACUCUCUGGCGACCUCCUGCAAUCUCGCCCUGAACAUCCUCAGCCCCAAGCUUGAGCAGUUGGGCAACCGAUUCAGCAAGGUUUACCGCAUGGACACCUUCAUGUACCGUGUGAUGGCAGGAAUAUCGGCCAAACUACUUAUGAUCAAGUCAUCCAGCACCGUCAUUCCAACAGUCUUGAUGGGCAAGAUCAAGGGUCAUGCUUUGGGUGGUGAGGUGGAUCUCAUUCAGGUUGGUUUGAGGGCUGAGGGUCUACAGGAAGUCAUCACAAAGUCUCGAUCAACAGACAUCAGGAUCACAGAGAACAGAUCCAUCCGUCGUAUCUUGAGCAAGAUUGUUAACUGGAAGGACUUCCCCGAGGAGGAAAUCCUGGGCUCAGCUUACGUCAGAGUGUUCGGACAGGAACUGGCCUUUGUCCAAAUCCGCAAAGACACCAUCGAUCAAAUUGGCCAGAUCAUGACGGAACCCCUCAGUGGCCAGUGGAGGAAUUACCUGGAGCAACUCAACAACGGCAUCAACUUCCAGCCCGCCAAGGCCAUCAUGGCCGCCGAGGUUCGCCGUGUUGUUCCGACUGCCGUCGGUCUCCCCAUGGAACUCAACUUCAUCUCAACUGGUCUGGCUGUGGCCAAAGGAAGCAUUGAAGUCCGCUCUGAACCUCCCAUUUCCCGACUUCCUCAGUUACUCACCUCCAAGAUUCAGCUGAAGGCUCGUCUGUCCCCAAGUGUGGCCAUUCACACCAGGGCCUUCAUGGGCAUCAACAUGCGUUACAUCCGCUCAGGAGUGAGUCUUCAGGCCAACGUCCGCUCAACCAUCCCCAUGGACAUAACCGCCAAGAUCAACCUGAAAGAGGGCAACUUCAGGAUCGACACCACUCCCGCUCAGAAGGAGAACAAGAUUGUCAGCAUUGAUUCUCAGGUUUAUGCCAUCUCAGCGAAUAUGGAGAACCUUUCCUCAGUGAGACGGGUGCCCAUCUUGCCUCGGUCGACAAGAAGGGACAUUUCCAGCCAAAGAUUCCAGUCGUCGGCUCAGUCAGGGAGGGUUCCAGAUGAGAGGAAUGUAGCACAGGUCGCCCCAGAAACCCUUGCUGACCAAAUCCCAUGCUCUGGAGAGGAUCAGCGUCCGAGGUUGCCCAACAAAGCUGCCUAUCGUGCGUGCAUGAGAGCGGACAAGAUCGGAGUGCAGGCUUGUAUUGAUGGAAGAAUGGAGAAUGCUCUUUCCAUCAAACACAUCCCACUGUACCGACUGAUUGGCCGAUACCAGCUGAAUAUCACCAUUAUCCCAGUCAGCUCAGGAGCAGACAUUGAGAAGAUUGUGCUGGAGAUACAGACUGGAGCCAAGUCUCUGACCAAGAUGAUAAAGCUGGAGGAUAAGGAGACAAAAAUGGAGCAAACUCCAUCUGUAAUGAGCUCAGAUAGACUGGGGAGGAUUCUGAUGAAGCAGGCUAAGUCCACAGCCAGCAGGCGGUCAAUCCAAGUCAGCCGCUCGACAUCUCAACGCUCCAGCUCUCGUCUCAUCAGCAAACUCAGGCACUCGUCUAGACGCACGUCUAGUCGCAGUUCCUCCAUCCUCCGCUCAUCCACUCAGCGUUACUUGGUCGGCAAAGCUGGAACUCCAUUACUGGUCGUGCUUCUCCGGGUGCGACGUACGGAUGGAAUACAACAAGGUUAUCAGCUGACGGGAUACGGCAAGAUAUCAUCACGGAUUCCUAGGGUGCACGUACGCCUGGUGGACCUGGAGCCCAAGAACAACUGGAAGAUCUGUGCUGAUGCAUUACUACCCCGAUCCCACAAACUCUUGACGUUGACAAGAUGGGGUGAAAACUGUGAGAAAUACCGCGUUGCAGUUACAGUCUCCACUGGUCAACUUGCAAGUCACCCAGCUACAAAAGUCAAGAUGCAGUGGUCUAGAAUCAACGAGAACUUGAAAUAUGGUGGCAGAAUGGUUGGCGACUACCUCCCAGGACUGGCCUAUUCACUGGGAUUGUCACAGAGCUACAAACUUAAUCGUGACCGCCAGAUUACUGUGAUGGUCGCACUAACCUCCCCACGAACCAUCGACACAAUAAUCCGCUUGCCCAAGAUGACAGCGUUCUAUCAGGGUCUCCGUAUCCCCACAUCCCUGCCAGUCCAUGCUGUCAGCAAACGUUUACAGGUUGCAGGAUUCCACAGCAUCGCCGAACUCUCAGAGACCUUCCUCACAAUGAACCAACGAGAAUGCGUUGUUGAAAACGAUACAGUUUGGUCAUUUGACGGGAACAAAUUCAACCACAGUCUUUCCAACGAUUGCUACUAUGUCCUGACCCAAGACUGCUCCGAUAGUCCAAAGUUUAUGCUGUUGAUGAAGCGUGCACAAACCGAUAAGAUGAAGAAGUCCAUCAAACUGAUUGUGUCCGUGAAAAACUUGACCAUUGAGGCAGUUCCUUCUUCAGACCGAAUGAUAAUAUUGGUGAAUGGAAUCAAACAGUCUGCAGGGAAACCAAUUCUACCAGCUGGUGUAGAAGUUGUACAAAACUUAACUGGAAUCACUCUGCGGAUCCCGUCUGUGAACAUCGAGAAGUUGUACUUUGAUGGAGAACGUGUCCAGAUUGUCGUGGACCAGAUGAUGAGCAAGACGUGUGGCAUCUGUGGCCUUAACAACGAUGAGAAGAAAAUGAUGAUGCCCAGCCGGGAGGUCGCCGAGGACCAGGAUCGUCUCUUUGAGUCCUGGUUGUGUUCGGGAACGUCGUGCAAGGACGAUUGCAAAGUAAGGCAGGAGUUUGUGGAACUAGGAACUGUGGUGGAGUUUGAAGGACAGGCAUCCAGAUGCUAUUCUGUAGAACCAGUACAACGGUGCCUGGCAGAAUGUACACCCAUGGAAACACGAUCUCGCCGUGCCCGCUUCCACUGCUUGGCAGCCAAUUACACAGUGACUAACAUGAGUCUCUUUAACAAGAAGCCAGUGGACAUCAGUCGAUCUGUCGACUCCCACACUGACUGCAUGUGUCGCUGUUCCCAAUGAUCAAGAUAAACGGCAACCUUCACACCUGCUGCAUCAGCAACCUUGGAAUAUUACAAUGCUUUGCAAAUUCUGACCAUGUAGAAAAGUAAAUUCAACAUCUUGAAUUGUUCUUUCAAAAACAUUAAUAAAGAUUUUUACAGCAUCCAAAAAA